AUGUUUGAAUCGCUAGUGGCCAAUCUUCUUAACCGGUUUCUCGGUGCCUAUAUCGAGAAUUUCGACCCCAAGCAACUCAAUAUCGGUAUUUGGGGCGGUGACGUCAAGCUUCGUAACCUUCGCUUAAAAAGAGAUUCGUUGGACAAGUUUAAACUUCCUGUCGAUGUCAAGUUUGGCCAUGUGGGCGAACUCACCCUUCAGAUUCCCUGGUCCAAUCUCAAGGGGAAACCCGUGAAGGUCAUUAUUGAUGAUGUUUACGUGUUAGCUUCUCCUAAAAUAUUGGAGGAUUUUGAUUUGGAGGAAGAAAAAAACCGUGAACAGCAACUUAAGCGUGAAAAAUUGAACAAUUGGGAAGCAUUAGAACAAGCAACGGUUCAGAAUCAAAAUCUCACCAAUGACCUUGAAAACAAUGAGUCGUUCACAGAGUCCUUGGUCACCAAAAUCAUUGACAAUCUUCAGGUGACCAUAAAGAAUAUUCAUGUCAGAUACGAAGACGACUCAAUUCUCACUGAGAACCCAUAUGCUUUGGGUUUCACCUUGAGUGAGCUUUCUGCUGUGUCCACCGACCUGUCGUGGACCCCUAGUUUCAUCACUAUCACUCAGGCCUUGACCCACAAGUUACUUGUGUUGAAAAGCUUCAGUUGCUAUAUGUCUACAGAUUCUGAUCUGAUCGACGGAGAAGCACAGGAAAUGCUUGAACGGUUCAAGAGCAUUUUGAAUAUCACCAGUGAUGUGACCGCCAAGGAUAAUCAGUAUUUACUUCGACCCAUCUCUGGUCAAGGUAAACUUACCAUCAAUAAGAGAGGUGCUACAGAAGAGAAUCCUCAGUUCAAGACGGAGUUUUUCUUUGACGAAUUCGGCGUGGUUCUUGACCAUAACCAGUAUCAAAACCUCUUGUGGACAGCUUCCAAGUUCCACUACUACAUGAAGACCCAAAGAUUCAGAAAGUUGCGCCCCAAGGUGACCGUUAAAGAAGACCCGCUCGAAUGGUUCCGAUUUGCAGCACAGACAAUCUUGAACGAAAUCCAUGACAAACACUACAAGUGGACCUGGGAGCAUUUUGCCAAGCGCCGUGAUCAACGUAAAGCGUAUAUCAGACUUUGGAAGCUUCACCUUUUGAAGAAGAAUCUAAGCAAAGAAGACAAAGAGGAACUCGAACAAUUAGAGUACGAUUUGCCGUAUGAGGAUAUCAAGUUGUAUCGCUCUCUCACCAGAUCAGAAAUCAAAAAAGAGAACAAGGGCAUUUCGCUCAGUGCUUUAUUACCGAAGACUGAGAACAAAGGCUGGUUUUCAGGCUGGUGGGGCGGUCAACAACAGCCCAGCAAAUCUGAUCCAUCUGCUCCCGAAUCUGAUCCUUCUAAAAUGGACCUUCAGCUCAGCGAAGAACAAAGAAAGGCACUUUACGAUGUAAUAGAAUACGACGAAAACAGGUUGACAGAAGCUGUCGAUGUGCCUAGAGAGAGGACGGUGAUGGAGGUAAUCGCAACUUUGAGGAAAGGCGGAAUUGCCGUCAAGAGAGACAAAUCGUCGUCUAAUUUGGGUGAGAUUGUGUUUGAACAUUGCAAAGCUCAUGUAUUUAAACGUCCUGAUUCGUUGCUCACGAACUUCCAGUUGCAAGAGUUUCGUGUUGAGGACGGCACUGAAGGCGCUUUGUACAAACACAUGGUUAGUGUAAAGCAUUUGCAUUCUCAUGAGUCUCGACUGGAGCGUUCUUCUGAGCCACCAUCAUCCCUGGCUAGCGUCGAUGAUGUUUCAAAGGUGGGAUGGAAUGAGCCAUUUUUCAAGAUUUCUUUCGAGAAUAAUCCACUAGAUGGUUCUGCUGAUUCUGCUCUCAAGGGCCAUCUCAGAUCCAUGACUAUAUUCUACAAUCCUCAUUUCAUUGAAGAGAUUAUAAGAUUUUUCAAACCGCCAAAAAUGCACUUAGAUACUGUGGGUGCAAUCAUGAAUGCUGCUGAGGCCACAGUAGAGGGAAUAACCUCGCAGACCAGAAUAGGACUUCAAUAUGCUUUGGAGGAGCACAAGACUAUAAACGUGAAGCUCGACUUACAAGCACCAUUGAUUAUAGUGCCUCUAGAUCCUACCUCAUUCAAGACACCAGUGGCUAUUUUGGAUGCGGGCCAUCUAAGUGUCAAAAGUGCUUUGGUAGACAAAUCGAAUAUUGAAGAGAUAAAGUCAAAAGCUACCUAUGACUCCAAAGAUUGGGAAAAACUCAAGACUUUAAUGUAUGAUGAGUUCGAGCUCCAUUUGGAAGACAGUCAGUUUUUGAUUGGACCAAGGUUCAAGUCAGCAUUACUGAGCUUGCACGAUGAUGACAACAGCAUGUCCAUCUUAAGCCAGUUCGAUAUGCGCUUUACCCUCGGUAUUUCGAUCAUGCCGAGUGCCACAAGUAUACCUCGUUUCAAGAUUCUGGCUAAGGUCCCUGCAAUAAAGUUGAGUAUGAAUGACUUUCAGUACAAAACUAUGAUGAAGAUUAUCGAUGCUGCAAUUCCCAAUAUCGACAGUUCAGAUAUCAGUGAAACCGGGGAAUUUGAGACGUUUGGAAAUGUCGAGCAAGAUGAUGGGUUGGUGGUUGAUUUUGGGUCUGAUUCCGAUAGUGAUUCGAAAUCUCCUACUCCUACAAAGAAUGCUAAUUCAAGCUCAGAUAGAUCGUUGGAACAGCAUCUCUUUGACUUUGAUUUUAAAGUUGAUAGGGUACUGCUUUCUUUGCACCGUUGUGUUGACGCUUCAGCAUUGCAGACUGAUCCAUUGGUCGAUCUUAUUGGGGAAAAUUUGCACAUGUUUUUCGUGAAAACAGAAAGAGACAUGGACCUCUCGCUUACAUUGGAUAACAUCAAUCUUUUGGACUACAUUGAAAAUUCAGGUGUUAGAGAGUUUGACCAUUUGAUAACAUCGAAUAGACUAGAUGGCACUGAUGUCUCGUCAAAGGCUGACAUGAAACAGCUUUUCAAGUUGAACUACAAGCGUAUGCAAAGAAUAGUUGAGUUCAAAGGCAAAGAGAUUGAAGUUUUCGACCAGGAUAUUGAUUUGGACGUAGCGACAGUCAAGUUUGUGGUCCUGAGAAAGUCAUUGUUGAGUCUUUUAAACUUCACAUUGAAUACUUUCACGGACCCUAAUGCAGAAGAGACUCCAGCAGAUGAGCUCAAGCACAAUGAUGCAACGGACGAGUCAAUUGCUCCCGAGCGAAUUAAUGUCAAGGUCAAUCUUGAUAGCAUCAUCAUGGUCCUCAAUGAAGACGGAAUUAAGCUUGCGACCUUGAAGCUUAGUACUGCAGAAGUAAGUGUUCUUGUACUUCCUGAAGCUCUUGAUGUUCGUGGAAAAUUGGGAGCUUUGACGCUCCAUGAUGAAAUCAACCAUGGUUCGUCGAGAGACUCGGUUCUUCGAAAUCUCUUCAGUAUUGAAGGUGACAAUCUCGCGGAGUUCAAGUACAUCACCUACGAUCCAACUACCAACAACGAACCUUACAGCUCCUAUGUGGAGUUCAGUUCUGGUGCGCCAAACAUCAACUUUAUUGAGGAUGCCUUUGGAAGAAUAUUCAACUUUUUGUCUCAGUUCCAACAAAUGAAGAGUAUCUACGACUCUGCUAGGGAAGCAGCUAUAGAACAGGCAAGUACCAUAGAAGGAGCAAACCAAAUGAAGUUUAAUGUUGUUGUUAGAGCCCCUACUAUCUUGUUUCCUAGGAUUGUUCCCGAUGGAAACAGAGGUUACGAUAGGGUAACAGCACGUCUAGGCGAAUUGUACGCAUUUAAUGAGUUCAAAGAGGGCGAAAAUGGUAUAUUGAGGAACGUCAUUGAUGCUGGAAUCCGCAAUAUCAAGUUGGACUCCUUGUUUCAUUUCGAUAAUGGAGUUCAACAGUUGACAAAGAUCGUUGACGAUUUGGAUCUUUCUAUGAAGAUAGAUUAUGCUGACAAUUUGCAACUCCGAGAAGGUGAGAGGCCGACGAUUAUUGUCGGUGGAAGUUUGCCUGAGCUUGAUUUAAAGCUUACAGAACUUCAACUUCAAUACUUGACAAAUUUGUCUGACUCAAUUACCAAGGUAUUUACUCCAGAAGCAGCAGAUGAUAUAUUGCAAGAAGUAGAGGAAGAAGCUGAUACAGCGAAUGCUGCAGUGAGGGAGGCGGCUAAGGCUUUGAAGCCACCCUCAACGGAAGCGGCUGAGAAGAAAAUGGAUACCAAAACUGAAAACGUAUCGAAAGUCGACGACUCUCAUCUUCAAGUAAAAUUUGACUUUGAAGUUCCUCGCGUGAGCCUUACUAUUUAUAAUAGAACUUCGGGCAUUUCGGAUAUCAGUGGGCUUGAAUUAUCCACUUUCUCGUUGAACAAAUCGAGAAUUUCUUUCGAGUCUCGUGAAGACACUCACUUCACGGCAAAUGUCAACGUCAAAUCGUUUGUGGUUGAGGAUGUUCGAAGCGAAGGUCAGAAUAAAUUCCGUGAAAUUAUUCCUCCUUCUUCAGGAGAAUCGGACCAAUUCGAAUUGACCGCCACUUCAGAAGGAACCAAAGAGAAGAAAAAUGUUACUGUGAUACUCGGAGUCGACAAUCCGAAAACAAUACUUGCCCUUGACUACAUCUUUGAAUUGCAACGAUUUGCUACUAUUGGCAUGGAGAAAAACGUCUCCAUAGGUGACAUGGAAGACGCUUAUGAGAGCAGUGAGGAGGAUGUUCAACUCGAUCGACGUCUCAGUGUGAGCAAAAAAACUGUUACAAGCACUCAGAAACCAGAAGUGAAGCAUGAGAAGGACCUGCCCGACGAAGACACGGGCAUGAAGAUUGGUUACUCUGUGAAUGUCACCAACCCUUCGAUUAUACUUUUGGCUGACCCUACUUCUUCAGAGUCGGAAGCUAUUGUAUUCAAGGUAGGUCAAGUGCUCAUUACCAGCCAGAAUGUGAUUUCUUUAGCAGCCAACAAUAUUGGCAUGUUUUUCUGCCAUAUGAAUGAUUUUGAAAAGAGACUUCGAAUCAUUGAUGACUUUUCGAUUUCAUUUGCACUCGAUGCAAGAGGCUCCUCUGGUAACAAAUUCUUGACGAACAUCGAAGCAUCUAUAGAACCAAUGUUGCUCCGUUUGUCUCUCAGGGAUAUUCGGUUAGCGAUUCAAAUCUUCAACAGAGCCGUCGAGCUUUCUCAGCAAGCUCACUCAGGUCAAGAAAGUGAGACAGACGAAAGUGGAUACAAUUUUUCAGAUAAUUUCAAACGGCGAUUGUCUUCAAUAUGCGCCAACUAUAAUGUCGGGAUUGCCUUUCGACACCUAAAAACUCUCUCAAGUGAAUAA